AUGGCAGUUAUUCAUUUUAUUUUCAUUCUCAUCACUAGUCAUAGUUUCAAAUGUUUCGCUCAACAGUGGAUCGAUACUGGUGAUAUGAUUAAUGCACGAGUCGACCAUGUUGCAACUGUAUUAAAAGAUGGUAAAGUAUUAGUUACUGGUGGAAUUGAUGAUCGUAUUCUAGCUGAAGCUGAAAUAUAUGAUCCAUCAACAGGAAGAUGGAAAUCUACUGAAAACAUGUUCUAUCCAAGACAAUGUCAUGCAGUAUCUUUAUUAACAGAUGGAAAAGUAUUAGUAUCUGGUGGAGUUAGUCCUGCUUUUCUGAACACAAGUGAAUUAUAUGAUUCUGAUACAGGAACUUGGACAAUUACUGGUCAAAUGAAUAAUCCAAGAUUUUUUCAUACAUCAACACUAUUAAAGAGUGGAAAAGUGUUGAUUGUUGGUGGAAAAACAGAUAUUGGCGUUGAUGUCAAUACUGCUGAAUUGUAUGAUCCUAAAACAGGCAUGUGGACAAUGACUGGUCAUAUGAAUCAAGCACGAAGUUACCAUACAGCAUCUAUAUUGUUAAAUGGAAAAGUAUUGAUUUCUGGUGGAUAUACUUUUGCUCCUCUCGAUAGUGCAGAGUUAUAUGAUCCUGUAACAGAAACAUGGACGACUGCUCGAAGCAUGGAUUAUGCACGAUCAGAACACGCAGCAGUGGUAUUAACAAAUGGAAAAGUAAUAGUAACUGGUGGAUAUGGUUAUGGUUAUGUAAAGACAGCUGAAUUGUAUACUUCUGAAACAGAUACUUGGGCAACAACUAAUCCGAUGAAUAUUCUCCGAACACAUCAUACAGCAUCUGCACUAAGCAAUGGAAAUGUAUUAGUUACUGGUGGAUAUUAUAAUACGGAAGGUUUGAGAAGUGCUGAAGUAUAUGAUUUAUCGACAGAUACUUGGAUAACUAUUGAUAGCAUGAAUCAUGGACGAUUUCGACAUCAAGCAUCGGUAUUGUUAAAUGGAACAAUAUUAAUUACAGGUGGUUUCAAUGGUGGAUCAUUGAAUAGUGCAGAAUUAUAUUCAUCGUCUUGA